GAUCAAGACCAGUUUCCACGACCUACGGAGUUCGACAGCAUUGUGCAAGACUAUCUACAGAACCUGUCGACCAAGAAACGUGACAAGGCGCUGGUAGAUCGACAACGCUACGAGCUGAUCCUUCAAGUGCUCAAGGAUCCACGCAACACGGCAAUAUCCACGGCUCAAUUCAGAUUUUGGGUCAAGAAAAUGUUCCAGCUCGUCACAGCCGAUAGUGUUGACGUCGUAUGUCAUGACAACAAACCCGUGGCUAUGCGUGAGCAUAUCUAUGGCAUCCUUGUACGCGCUCAUCGUGAGGCUCAUCACGGCGGUAGAGACAAGACAUCGGCAUUGGUUCGUAAACGGUACUCGUGGAUUCCCAAGGAGCUGAUUGCGCGCUUUGUCCGGCACUGCCCUUUUUGCAUUACACGGAGGAAUGGA